GGAAGACCCAGGACAAUGGCUGCUGAUCGCGAUUUGGAGAUAGAGGAUGUGACUCUGCAUUUGGAUGGAGACAUGAAAGGAGAGCUGGAAGAAGAGAAGGAAAUGCGAGAGGACGGGGGAGGUAAAGAUCCCUUCAAGAAUAAAAAGGUCCACAGGGUUGUCUCAAAAUGGAUGCUCCCUGAAAAAGUUCGAAGAACAUACUUGGAGAGAGCUAACUGCCUCCCACCCCCUGUGUUCAUCAUCUCCAUCAGCAUUGCUGAGCUGGCAGUGUUUAUUUACUAUGCUGUGUGGAAGCCUCAGAAACAGUGGAUCACCCUGGACACAGGCAUCCUGGAGAGUCCCUUUAUCUACAGUCCUGAGAAGAGGGAGGAAGCCUGGAGGUUUAUCUCCUAUAUGCUGGUGCAUGCUGGAGUUCAGCACAUCCUGGGGAAUCUUGUUAUGCAGCUCAUGUUGGGUAUUCCCUUGGAAAUGGUCCACAAAGGCCUCCGAGUAGGGCUGGUGUACCUGGCUGGAGUGAUUGCAGGGUCCCUUGCCAGCUCCAUUUUCGACCCACUCAGAUAUCUUGUGGGUGCUUCAGGAGGAGUCUAUGCUCUGAUGGGAGGCUAUUUUAUGAAUGUUCUAGUGAAUUUUCGAGAAAUGAUCCCUGCCUUUGGAAUUGUCAGACUCCUGAUCAUCAUCCUCAUAAUUGUGUCGGAUAUGGGAUUUGCUCUCUACAGAAGGUUCUUUGUCCCUGCAAAUGGGUCACCGGUGUCUUUUGCAGCCCACAUUGCGGGUGGAUUCGCUGGAAUGUCCAUAGGUUACACUGUGUUUAGCUGCUUUGAUAAGGCACUGCUGAAGGACCCAAGAUUUUGGAUAGCAAUUGCAGCUUAUUCAGCGUGUGUCUUAUUUGCUGUGUUUUUCAACAUUUUCCUGUCCCCAGCAAACUGACCUGCCUCUAGUCUAAGCCAAAUAAUGAAAAGAGCUAUCUGGGAAAAAAAACUGAGGUCUACGAAGAGACAGAGAAGUCCUUGCAAAUGCUAACAAUUUUAUAAAGAAGUCAAAACAUGAUUCAAGUCAUCAGUUGCAAAGACUGUUUACAAAGGAAUCAGGGUUAGGGAAGGGGCUUCUGAAUGCAGAGGGAGGGAAAAGGAAGAGAGAAAAGGGGAGGGACAGAAAAAGCAGGGGUUGGCUCUUUCCAGACAUGCGGUGUGCAUUGUAUGUAUCCUCUAAGAGAGACUUGGUCUCCUUGGAGGAUAUGUUGUAGAGACUGCUUGAUAUAAUCCACAAAUACUGUACUGUGCUGAUAAUAAAAACUUUUCGUACCUGUGCCA